AUGGUCGUUGCUGAUGUUUGUUCGCGUGCUCAAGCGGACACAGCCAUGAUCGGCAGAAGCACAGCCAUGAUCGGCAGAAACACAGCCAUGAUCGGCAGAAGCAUAGCCAUCACUGGCAUAGCAUGCAUUGUAAAGAAACAUGCUGACAUGCGCCGUGAGCCUUUCGACAGCCACGUUGUACCGAAGACGAACCCGUUCGAACUCCUCAAGGAGAUCGGGCAUUGCACUCUCAAGGAGUAUCUCAUGGAGAUCGGGCAUUGCACUCUCAAGGAGUACCUCAAGGAGAUCGGGCAUUGCACUCUCAAGGAGUACCUCAUGGAGAUCGGGCAUUGCACUCUCAAGGAGUACCUCAUGGAGAUCGGGCUUUGCACUCGCAAGGAGUACCUCAAGGAGAUCGGGCAUUGCACUCGCAAGGAGUACCUCAUGGAGAUCGGGCGUUGCACUCUCAGGACGUACCUCAUGGAGAUCGGGCGUUGCACUCUCAGGACGUACCUCAUGGAGAUCGGGCGUUGCACUCUCAGGACGUACCUUAUGGAGAUCGGGCGUUGCACUCUCAGGAUGUACCUCAUGGAGAUCGGGCGUUGCACUCUCAGGACGUACCUCAAGGUGAUCAAGCUUCGCAUGCGGUGGGUCCACAAGAUCAAGAGUGCAGCCGCCACGCCGGAUGCCACGUCAACUACUAAGACGACACCUGGAGCGAAGGCGAGGCCAGACAAGAAAGAGAAGCUCUGCAAAUGGUUUGCAAAGUCAGAUGAUGGAUGUCGUCGAGGAGCGGAAUGUCAGUUCCAACAUGAUUGGGGGACGACGGCGAAAACGGGACGUUGUUUGCUAUGCUCGGCCCUGGGACACCAGAAGAAGGACUGCCCAACGAAGAAGCAGGGAGAACCAGCUCAGCAGUCGCCUACGUCUGGACCAAAAGAGAAGGGGAAGGGAGAUAAAGGCGGAGGGGCAGCGGCUUCAUCGUCUACGGCAGUGGCUUCCCCGGCAACGAGAUCGUUGGCAACUGGAGGUGGUCAAAAGGAACCACCGCAACCAGGUCCCGAGCCGUCACCGGCUGGCAGUCCAGCGAGCUCAACCAAGGAGCCUUCUGGGGACCUCCAGCAGAUUCUCACCGACGCCCAUCAAAUGCUGAAGACCAUGAUGGCAACGACAACCCCGGCAGCCACGACUACAUCCGGGGCACCAACAUAUGAGUCCAUCCAGCGCCAGCUCGACGAGAUGAAGCUAAAGGCCCUCAAGGUGAGCACGCCGCAAACCACUGAAGAUGAACGUCGCGGUGCUCUUCUCGACUCAGGAGCAACGCACGUCCUGAGACCUGCUCGAGACGAGCGAGAGCAUCUCACGAGCAAGGAGGUGCCCGUGGUGCUGGCUGGAGAUGAGAAGCGAGGCUUGAUGCUGAAGCAUCCCAAGUACGGGACCAUCCGCACGAGGAUCCGAGCAGGCUGCCCAGAGAUAGCGGACCCAGUGCAGGCGGCGAGGUUGAUCUCAGAGCUAGAGUCGCGAAGGAUGGACGAGCUUCGCCAAAGGACACUGGAGCUGCAGGACCGCCUCAACGCGAUUCGGAUGAUGGAGGCGAAGACAGAGGACUGGAGACAAGACCUCGCAGCCUACGCCUCCGAAGGGUGCGUUGUGGACGGAUUGCAGGUCCUCUACAAAUCGCCCAUUUUCAAGGGACUCCCCGAAGAGGUGUUGAUGGGAAUGGUGCCGAAUGUGGAGGCGAACGACAAGCCUGGGUGGGAGUACCUGAAGGGCCUCCCUGUGUCAAGGAGGAUCCGGAAGAAGCUGAUGCGGUCCAAAGUGAACGUCGACACCAACUCGGAGGUCGUUGCCAUCAACGUGGAGAUUCUGUUGCACGGUGGAUGGAGCAUGCGAGGCCCAGCUUACAAGGCGUUGAUGUGGGGCCCAAUGACUUCAAGGGUCAAGGCGGUGAUCGGGAGUCCGCCGGCGAAGACCUACGAUCCCAGGCCGUGCGUGAAAGAAAAGGACGCGAAGCCCUGGAGAACCAAGGAGGAUCCCUACGGGAUCACCGGUUUAUCGCCCACAGAGAUGUACUAUGUGAACAAGGAGACCUCGCUCACUGCCAGGCAGAUCCUCUUGUACCUGGUGGCCCACACGUGUUCCAAAGGAAGGCCGGUGGGUUGGAUGAUGAGCAACCCGGGAGACCCUACGGGAGUUUCCGAAGCAAAAGAUGGAAUUGACAUGUGGCAAACCCCAAUGAUGAAAGAGUUCCUCGAGGUUGUGAAGCCUUUGGGAGCGACUACUACGACGAUGGGGCCGACCGGGGAAGAGGAUCGAAAGGGAGCGGCAAUCACCAUCUGCGACAAUAUCAAUUUGAAGGAAUUCCUACAAGAUGGAGGUGACCAGCCCGGACCUUCGGCUAUGUCGUGGAGCUCAGCUACGGCGAGGGUGAGGAGGUCAUUGAUGACGGCAUUACAAAUGGCUGGUAUAGCUUCAACGGCUGUGUGGCAGCCGCAAGAAGAACUGCGGAAGCUAACAGCGGAACAAGGGUGGAAGCUGCAUGUGAAAAGAGAUCACGUACCUUUCAAAAAGGACUGUGAGUACUGCGUCAUGAUGAUGGGGUCCGGGAAACAGCAUAGGCGCACCAAGCAGAAGUGCCUACGUCUCAGCGUGGACGUUGGGGGCCCCAUGAGAAUCAAAGCAGAAACACCCAAGGAAGCGGGCGACAUGGCCUCCUCGGAGUACGACUUUUCAGAUUUGAGUGUUGAGGAGGGGUCUGAUGAGCCUUUGGACGAGGAGGCGCAGCGGGCACUACUUGAAUCUGAGCUGGCGGACAUAGAGCUGUCGGAACCCGAGGUGAGCGAGGACCUGGCCCCGCAAAUCCAAGCAAUGAAGGCGGCGGAUAAGCUGUGGGAUGACGACGAGUUGGUGGCUGAGGACCAAGAGAAGAUGGCGGCAGAUGACGAGCCGCUGGAAGGGAACCACGAGAUCCCGAUUGACCACCUCUAUUUCAUCAAGCCCCUCAAGACGAAGACCGGAAAGGAGGAUAUGAGGGCGAUCCAAGAGGUGGUGCUACAGCUACGGCAAGAAAAUCUUCCAGUCCUCAGAAUCCAUUCAGAUCGGGCUCAUGAGUUAAGGUCGCCGGCUUUGAGGGCGUGGACGCUGGAUAACAACAUUUGGCUCACGAGGACGGAGGGGCAAGCCCCUCAAAGUAACGGAACAGCCGAAAGGGCAGUGCGGUUUCUGAAGGGGCGAGCUCGAACGUUGUUGCGCGCGGCUGGCAUGGGGACCGAGCACUGGGCCACGGCAAUGGAUGCAGCGGCUCAUCGACAACGUGAAGAACGGCUCCGACCAGAAGAUCCUCUGGUUCCCUGUCCCUACGGAACCAGAGUAGCGAUCAAGAAGAAAAGAUACGGAGAUCGUGGCCGACACGAUCUACUACCUCACUGGACUAAAGGGGUCUACAUGGGGCCGGUGUGGGAUGUGAAUGGCGGCUCAGCCAUUUUGGAAGACGAGACUAAUCGCUUCACGGUCACCACCCACCUACGAGCCUGUCUACAUGAUCCCGGAGCUUUGAAAGAUGAGGACGAGAUCGAUGUGCUACCUUUGAGACCGGUGCGAAGGUUACUCAAAAAGGGGCCCAUUGGUGAAGAUGGGCUCGCUAUCAAGAAGAUAGAGAAAGAGAACUAUGCGAGGGAGCGAGCCGCUCUUGUGAAGGAGAUCCUGGACUUGAUGGAGAAGGACCCAGUGCAUAAAGUGAAAAGGCCGCAGCUGACUGUUGAGGACGGAGACCGCGAGGACACCAGCUACUCCACAGUUGGGGCUUUUAACUUUGGGGGAAAGUUUGGCAUAACGAAGUACACAAAGGAGGCCCCGCAGCUCACGGAGAAGGUGACCCAGUUGCUGAAGAUGGACUUUCCAAUGGAGGUGUUCACGUCGGCAACGAUUGUGAGGAAUGCUGUUAUGCCAACGCACAGGGGCGCAGGCGUGUGGGAGAAGCUUCAACCGGGCGAUAUGUUCCGUGGAAAAUAUCAUGCUAUGGACGUCAAUGGAACUGAGGUCCCAGGUCAGAUCCACCUCACGGAGCCUGUGAAGGUGAAUCCUCGAAGAUGGCAUAGCCCCGUCCAAGGAACCGAGGGACUUCGCAUCUUGGUUGCGGGACACACCAUCAACUCAUGGAGGAAGCUCACCGCUGAGAUGAGGGAAGAGCUACUCGAGUGUGGUUUUGCUGUGCCUGAUGAAGAAGACUUCGAGGCGAGACUAAAGGCCAUCCGGGAGGAGGCGGAGCAAACCCGCUACAUGGAGUUUGAAGUGCACGAAGGCGAUUGCCUGGGGGACCUCAGCAACAGAGACUCUCCAGUGGAAGUGGACGAGGACAUCACGAGAUGCUCGAAGGCGGCGGUGGAAAACCUCUACACCAGGGGCAUCGAGAAGAUCCUUGCGGAGCUGGAGGGACAAGCCGACGCUGACGUGUGGCAGAUCAAAGGCCCAGAUGGAUGGGUGACGGACGAGGCCUACGAAUGGAUGGCUGCAACCUGGGAGGUCACGCCGUGCCAGUACGCUGAGUCCUCCGCCUCUGUACGGUUUUUGGGAAUGGAAAUCAGACAGGAGACAAACGAAGAGGGGGAGAUCACCAACUACACCUUGGACCAGGAGGGGUACAUCGAAGAGCUUCUACGACAACAUGCGGUGAGCCCCACUGAAAAGUCCCUGUUACCGUCGGCCAAGGAGUGGUUGACAAUGGCCAGACCUGUCCUACACGGUGAGCGUGAUGGGAAGCUUGACGACGAAAGACCCAGAGAGAGUUGCGACCAUCGGCCGCAAGACUGCAAGACCCUCGCCUACCUGAAUGCGACGAAGCAAUGGAAGCUGAGUUUCUUCGCUGGGGGCAGUCCGGACUUGGUGACCUACACCGACAGCAGCUACUCCCCAGAUGGAGGAAAAAGCCAUGGCGGUGCAGUUGUGUUUUGGGCAGGGUCACCGGUCGCAUGGAAAAGCGGCCGGCAGUCGCUGGUAACAACCAGCAGUGCGGAGACAGAGUUGCUUGCGGCGUCCGAGGGAGCGACGCUGACCUACUCGAUCGAUGCUAUGUUGUCGGACGUUGGGAUUGUUCCUCUAUCGAGAGAAGUUAGGGUCGACAACUCGGCAGCGAUCACGCUGGCUUCUGAAGAAGGAGGGAGCUGGCGAACACGCCACCUGAAAGUGAGGGCGGCGGCACUACGGCAGCGGAUCCAAGAAGGAUGGGCGCGCAUUGCCUAUUGUCCGGGAGAGUGGCAGUUGGCAGAUGGCCUUACAAAGAUCCUGCCUUCAAAGAGAAUGGAAAUGCUUAUGCGAAGGUGGGGACUUGGGCGAAAAGAAGAUCUACCUCGGGGUGAAGACGCCAGAGAAUGUGUUCGUAGCUCCUGGGAACUGUACGUGUUGGUGACAAUGCUGGUGAUAUGUGCUGUUGCAAUAUGGGAAGGCUGCAAGGGCGUGAUCAAGGGAAGGAGUGAAGUGGUCAGGCUGAGAAGCCUCGAGGCGUCACGAGAUCGUCAGCGGCUUUCAAAGGUCGAGCUGAGGACGUUGAGCGCCUUGCUGCAGAGGGAUCCGGAAACGCUGUCGCGAGAGGAGCGGGUUGAUUUGAUCCACCUGGCGGACCUAUGCGGAUCGGACGUAUCUGAGGCCGUUGGGAUGAGUGUUACCUCCUCCCGUACCAGAAGGAAGUCCAGCCCUACUUCGGACCCUACGUGCUCUGCAGGAAUAAGGCCAGAGGAGGAGAAACCUCGUGCAGUUUCCCCACCUCCUCAACUAUUCCCAGAAAGACCUACAAGGAAAGGCACGAAGAUCACACCAGCUGCACCUAUGUCAAGUUGGGAUGAUCCAGCAUGGAACGAAAGGCCCUCGCUGGUCAAACGCUUCGGAAGAACCCCAAGGACAAGUGAAGCAGCGACGCAGUGUGAACUCUUGGGAGACAUUCCCAAGAAAGUGUUUAUGACGCCCAGAGGGACGUGCGUUCAUGCUUCAAGAUCGUGUUCGACCGGGAAGUCGACGAGGUUCCAGGAACGCGAUGUGUGCCAGAAAUGUGUUCGGGGCCAAAGGGAAGAGACCGAGUACCGUGGCACAGGGUGGCUACGAUGA